CGGCAGGUCAAUUACUAUUUAAAAACGCGAGUAUUUUGCUUUCGACAUUUUAUCUACAAAGCCCGAUUCUAAAACAUUAAUGGAAUAGUCAAUAUUUUGGAUUUCGCGGUUUUUUUUAAAUUUUUGGUCAAUAUGCAGUUUGGUCCACUAAAGUUCCAUGGCCACUUCAUUUAAAAUGUGGAUAUUCGGAGAAAAAUUUACGCAAAGAAAUUAAAGUGAAAUAAUCUAGGGAAUCUGCAGGGUUUAUAAAUGCUUCGGCAACGCUGCUGAGCUGCGCAAAUUUACCCCUAUCCAGACUGCGUCUCUUUUCCAGACGCAUUGUCACAAUGGUUUUCCAAGGAGAACUUCCCUUAGAUUAAAUAGAGAUAUUAUUUUGGGCCACUUUCACAGAUCGGGUAAGUUUAAUUAUCUGCGUAUAUUAGUAUAGGAUGGAAGUCAGCUUUUGGCUAAGACUCUCAAGGUCUUUCAACAAGGAAGUUCCAUUCAAAAUGGGGGCUUGCCAUUUUCUCGAAACAUCAAAGGAUCGUUGAAGCCGUCGGAUUUCUUCGCUAUGGAUAAUUUGGGACCAAAACUUGGAGUUUUAGUCGUAGGUUAGGAAAGCUCUGUUAGUUUGCCACUUAGGUCAUCACUCGAGGUUACGUCCACUAAAAUGGCUACUUUUGUAAAUAGAACACUCUGUAUACCACAAAUUAGUCUAAAAGCCGAAUAAUUGCACAUAAUACGGUCAAACUCAUAGAACUCAACUGACGGGCAUUCAAUCUAAAUGUCAGUUUAAAUAAAACUGACAAUUUUGACUGCUCUGAACGAUCUGCUGGUGUCAGUCUGGGACAGUUACUGAAAUUUAAAAAACAGGUUCUUCGAGUUUAUUCGAGGGAAUAAAUCGAAAAUUAAUUAUUUAUAAAUAAGCCAAUGUCAUUUAAAAGGAGUUUUAGUACCUAAACUAUCCAAUGGCCAAAUAGCUCGGGAGUAAUGACUUCAUAUCCACUUACUAGCUAGAUGAGAGAUCUGAAUCCAACAACUAUGCGUUGACGAAGAAGUGAGCUGAUAAGGUAAAGAAUGCUGCUAGCUCGACGAUUCCCAGGAAUCCUGUACACGCACAGAUGUACCUUUUAUUGUGCAGGCAUAAUUUUUUCCACCUUCAUCUACUUCCUGUUCAAAUGGAAUGUAUUGUGCGUGAAUCUUCAAGCGUGGCAACAUGUCAGACGGAUGUGCAACCUCUACGAACAAGGCAUAGCAGUAGGUUCGCUUUGCGCGCCACUUUGCCUGUCCAAAGACAUUAACUCGCUCACCUGCCACUCGUUCCAAGCGGCAAAAGAGGCAGUCUUUAGUGCAGAAUGGCAUCACAUAAAACUAGUGUUCAAAUCAGUCGCAACGGACGUUCAGCCAAUCCAUUGGUACGAUAAUGGCGUGCUGAAAUAUCCCAGCGAAAAAGAGUUCCUAUCGACAAUACGUACAAUAGUGAAACGGAAACUGAAUCUGACCAUAGCGUAUACUACUGCUAUGAUGCUAGCGCGAUUGAAGCCGUCCUAUGUGGAGAAAGAGCCGAUAAAGCGCCGGCAGGAAAUGGAGAGCCUUUGGUACUUGUUGCAGGACAACGAGUAUUUGCUCUCGACCAUGUUUACGGAUAAGGAUGUUUUUCCCCAGCUGAUUGGGACUUGCGGACCGUACUUUGCUGUCGAGUAUCUGGAGCCUGUGCCGUUCACCUCGUCGCUGUUCUCCAUGGGAGAUACUCGGGAGAAAUGGGGGCAGAGGCUGAAAUUGGCCCUGCAAAUCAUGGAGUUGCUCAAUGAGCUGGAUAUCAGCUUCAGAGUACCAUUCCACUUAUGCGACAUCAAACUGGAUCACUUUGCCUUCACGAGCAACAUGAAAAAGCUGAAAUUCAUCGACCUGGACGAGGCUUUUCCCAGAACGGUUCUAAAGUCCUACUUUGAGAGGAUCGGCAGUUGCAAAAGCGACGACGAUUGCGAGUUUUUGGACUGCCGAUCCACGUGUAACCGAACCGUGCAGAAAUGCGACUCGGCCAUAGGCAACAACAAUUUGCAGAUUGUGUGCGAAAAAAUCUUUUUGGGCUGGCGACUGUCCAAUACGAUUCUGGUGCCUGGGUUGCUGAUGUCGCAACACACUCCGUCCGAAUUGGCCGCGAUCUUAAGACAAUGCGCCAACCCUGAUGGGAUAGCUGAAAAAGGGAGGAGAAUACCUGAUGAUGAUUUACGGAAACGACUGUUCAGCUUGCUAUUUGAAAUGGAGCAAUCGGCUAAUAACGACAUUUUGCUUUGGUGAUUGUUGUUAAUUAAUAAAAGCUGCUGUUGAAUGUU